AUGCUAUGCGGUGAAGUCCUGCUUAACUUCACUCUGUUCACGGAUGGCUCCAUUGACCACCGUUCCGAGAGCGCCACCAGCGCGUACUACAUCCCGUCAAUGAACAUGGCCUGGCAAGAGAAAUCAGUUCGUUACCCAAUCUCAUCUACGACGGCCGAGCUCCUGGCCUUGUUACACGCAGCUGCUGCGGUUCAAGUCACCGGAAUAACUAAGGCCGUUUUGCUUACGGACUCCAGAAGUGCCCUCUACGACGUGGUGAACCCCAUGAGUAGCAGCAUCCUAGCCCGAUGUAUCAGGAGGUCGUGUGCCCAGCUUAGGCUAACCGGAGAGGCAACGAAAGAGUCUUCAUCCUUACUAGUUUCGGCCGACACUGACAGGCACAUGGUCGUCAAACAGCUAGUUGAGAUCUUAUUUGAGGAACGCAGUGCAGCGAAAGGCUUCAGGAUGACUCUAAAGGAAACCCUGGUACGAAUGUGCAAGUAUGCAAAACCUAACAUGGAACUCGUUCCACUCAAGGCACACUUGUUCCUUUUGCUUGGAGCCGAAGUCUGUGUCAUGCCUUUCACGUCACUCAUUGCCAAGCAACUCGGCAUAUCAGCUGGUCACAUCGGCAUCAUCAACACGACUCUCCUCUUUUUAUCAAUAGUCAUAAAGUUUGUAAUCGGAUCCAUCACAGACAAACUGCAGAAGCUUAAACUGGUCAUCAUUGUGGUCAUCAUCUUAGAAUGCAUCUUCCACAUCCUUAAAAUCACCGUGCCACCGAUAGGCGGAAACGACGUCACUGCGAAUGUGAGCAUUUCAGGCUGCGAUAUGCACAACAGGACUUUCAGCAUCUGUCUAAAUGAGGCGUCACCAGCUUCGUGCGACGUUCGAGAGUACCACCAAUGCACACUAAGCUGCUCAGCUGAUUUGAGCGACUCCGGUUCGUGGAACACUGAAGUACACUCGAGUGUCCUUUGCGAAAAAAACAAGUGUGCGUUAGUACGCUUUCUAUCAAAUGCGUCCUUUGAAAAUGUGUGUGUGAUACCGAACCCCGCGUGUUCCGUGACGUGCACGCCGGCUACAAAGCCGAACCCGAUCUUUCACUCGCAGUUUUGGCUCUUCGCCCUAUUCAGCAUCGUCUCUGGCAUGUGCUCCGGAGUAGCAGUAUCUUUAACAGACACAGCAACGUACUCAAUACUCAAGGCCAAUAAGGAGGACUAUGGAAAGCAAAGACUGUGGGGGACAAUAGGGUGGGGCGCGAUGGCGCCUGUAGUCGGUCUUCUCAACGAUUUAGUGACAAACGGUAGUUCGCACGUGGACUACUCACCUGGUUUCUAUGUCUUUGGCGCCUUCACUGUCCUGGACAUCGUGGUACUUGUCUUCUUCUUGGACAUUCCUGCCACAAGCCGGACCGAUCAACUCCUCAAAGACGUCAGCAGAGUACUGGCAAAGCCACGGGCAAUAUUCUUCAUCUUCUCGGUAUUCAACAUGGGCUGUCUCAUGGGUCUCAUCUGGAGCUAUGCCUUGUGGUACCUUCAAGACCUGGGCGCAUCAUCGACGCUUCUGGGAAUAAAUUUGGCAGUUCAGUGUUGCGGCGGUGAGGUUCCGGUCUUGUUCUUCUCCGGAUGGAUUAUUCGUAAGAUUGGCUACGGCAAAGCGGUCAGCCUGUCCAUAGCUGGUGUUGUGCUACGGCUCGGAGUCUACAGCUUCGGAACGAACCCAUGGGCCAUGCUCCCCGUUGAAAUAACGCACGGACUUUGCUUCGGACUACUCUACGCAGCCUUAACAACGUAUGCCAGUGUGAGUGCUCCACCUGGAACUGAGGCUACAAUGCAGGGGAUACUGAGUGGCACCUUCGGAGGUCUAGGUAUUGGCACCGGAACCCUGGUUAGUGGACAGCUAUUCAACUUAGUCGGAGGACGCCAGACAAUGUACAUCUUCUUCAUAUACUCUGUAGUAUGCUUAUUGGUUCACGUGUGCGUCGACUUCUUCUUGAGCAGAACUGCAACGAAAGAAGCCGUGAAAGCCCGCACUGUUAUGGUGGAUGGAUCCGACGCAGCUAUAGCAUUGCAGUCGGACAGCGAGCGCCUGUCUUCAACAGAGAAGUCGAGCGCAGCAUAUGGAAGUCAUUUUGACACGAACAGUGCAGCUGUCAAGCAUAACGGAACUACAAACUACGCCAUAGCUUAAUUAUGCGGUUGGUAGAUUCCAUCAUCGUUCACGAGUGAACGCC